UACUUUGUAUCAUCUGAUUAAAUCAGUAUAUGCGUAGUUUCAUCUAUUGUUCUCUCCAUAAACAGAACUAUGUAGUCUGUGAUCUAAAUGGAUCUCCAUCUGAUGUGAGGAGGAGUUGGCGAAGGGCAAUUUUAAUCCUCCGCCUGUGGUGCUUUAACAACACUGAUGAACGAUACCAAUUUGGUGACCCUUGCUCUUGCAGUUGUAUGAUACCGGCCAUUGGGAAGUUCUUUAUUUACAUCCACUGGAGUUCUAAAUGGCUGUGCGCCAUCAUUGAUGGGCCUUCACUGUAUCUUGAUGGGUAUACAACCAGAAGUAAAGGACGGGAUCAUGAACUUAAGAGUUCGUGAGAAUGACAGCAGGCGGAGGAAAGGGCCUGUUCUGAUAGAAAAAUCAGAGGCACUACCAUGGCGUGGGAACUACAAAUCAGCAGACUUAUGCAUUUUUGGCUAUCAUGGUUUGAUUCCAGCCUUUAAAGAGAUGCACGCCUUUGUUCAGACAGGCAAAUGCAAAUCAAAAGAGAAGCUGGAAAUGGCCGGGCAAACUUUCAUCUGGCAUCUUCCUGAGGCCAGUAGAUCUGACAACUUGUUCCAAGAUAUAGAUGACAAUUUCUUCAUUGGUGGUAAAUUUGGCAUGGAAAGACUUAAAGCUGCCCGGUGCUGGUCAGAUGAAUCUGAGGAGGCAAGAUCAGGGAUGCAUUUUGCAGAGAAAUCAGAGACAUAUACUGCAUGCCCUGCCAAGAAACAAGAUACGACACCUGAAAUGAAGAGAACUGUAGACAUCAUUGAGAACAUUAGACUUCUAUACCGUCCAGAUCAUGUCCACGCCAGAUUACAGCUCACUGAUAUGCCUAUACACCUUGGAAAGGAAGGACCAAUUGGUGAUUUGUGGGCCAACCAACACCUAAUUGAUGUGCACAUGUCAUCAUUUAGCUUUCUGGGCCAGAGAAUCUCGAUUAGUGGCUCCUAUUCCAUUGGAAGUUUGGUCGAGGAGAAUACUUGGAGUGCAACGGACAACCAUCCUGUCAAAAGGGCCACGAAAAAGCUGGAUUCUAUUGAAGAAAACGCUGCGAUCAAUGGACAUGGUGUUGGUUUAUAUAAUCUGGCGAAACAUGUUAUAUGAAUUCUACUAUUCAGUGCAUGAACAGGGUUCCAGAACUGAAGGCUGCAUUGACAAGCUAUUCGCAUAAUGCCAAGCGCGAUGGGAUUGACGUCAUGUCACACAAUCUUUCAGUUGCAGCUAAUCAUAUAUUUUCAGAGCUUGAUAAAAAUACUGAAGCAGUUAGUCCUUCAAAGCUCUUAGAGAUGAUGCGAGCGAAAUAUCCAACAUUUGCCGAACAGGAAAAUAAUGUUUAUAGGCAACAGGACGCUGAAGAGUGCUGGUCUGGCCUAUUGAAUGCGUUUUCUGAAGCUUUUGCAUCAGAAGCAAGUGAGCCUACCACUGAUCAGAUGAAGGAAAUUUUUGGGAUUGAACUUGUGAGCAGGUCAAAAUGUGCAGAAAAUGGUGCAGGGCGUUUGAAGACACAAAGUGUAAAGCUUCUAAGAUGUCCUAUAACUGAUGGCAUGAACCACCUUGAUGAGGUACUUGAGCAUACUCUGAGGACAGGAGAUUCGAUGUAUGAAAAAGAUUCAGAAAUAAAUGAGUUGCCUAGGCAAGACAUACAGUUUCUUUGUUCAUGAUUAUGUUUCCAAUUCGACAAAUAAUAUUUCAGAUUCUUUUCCGUUCAGGUAUUUCACGAUACAGCUUGGUCGGAUGUGGGAUGAAAUGCAAAACAGACUGACCAAAAAAUUUGAUAAAGUGAGCCAUCCACUGCAAUUGGAUCUUUAUGGGCACUGUUCAGAUGAAAUGAAACUUAAACUUCAAGCUGCCAGAGAGGUAGCACUCAUUUUGUUGUUCAGAUGCACCAAAUGUGAAAUUCAGUUGAAAUUUAGAGGGAAUAAUAUGCAAAAUGCAAAAUGAUGUGGUAAUGAUCUUUCUGCUAAUCAGAGUACAGUUAAUUCACCAUCAAGAACUGUUAAGGAAUGGUUAUGUCAUUCUUCUGUGAGACCGGAUCCUGGUUAAGUAUUACCAUUUAUUUUUUAGUUGUUCAAUCCAAUCUUUGUAUGUUUGAUGGAAUUAGUCUCAUUUCAGGUCGCAGAAUCUGGUGCCCUGGGAUCAUCUUACAUGGACAUUGAUCAAUGCAAGUAAUCUGUAUUUGUACUUAGCAAAGCAUGCAACUAAUUUUGUACUGUUCAUGUUCAAAUGUUGACAAAAAAGGGGCUAUUCUGAUUAGUUGUUUUCUUAAGAAACUUCCUGAAUAGUUUCAGCCCCUACUAUAAGAGUACAAAGUUGCUAUUAUUGCUGCUUGACUAGCUAUAAACUAAUAUGCACCCAUGCUGGUUAUACUUCUAUGCAGUUGAUUCUACUGUACCAAAGAAACAAUUAACGGGCAUAUACAAUUUGGUAGCAGUUGUGACACACAAGGGGCCGACUGCAAAUCUUGGACAUUAUGUUGCAUGGGUUAAGCAAGCUAAUGAGACGUGGAUUCAGUUUUCUGACGAUAUGACUAGCACACAUGAGGACAGUGAGAUUCUCGAACUAUCCGGUGGUGCUGAUGACCAACAUGUGGCUUAUAUCUAUCUGUACAAGGCUCAGCUUAUCUGAUUCCAAGCCUAGAGAGGCAUUACGAUCGAGUCAAUCCUUCUCUUCUCACUUCAAGAUUGAUCUCGGGCCAUCCGUUGCAAAACUGAGAUUCCGACUGAGUUCUGUUGUGGUGCCUGCAGGGAUGUGAUUGUUUGGAGUUAAGAACUUCCCUGGUCAGUUACCUAGUUGAACAAUUUUUUUUUUGCCUGUUGCGGCUUUGCUUAGGCCCCGUUUGGGAGCCAUGUAAAUGGAUGAUAUUUUUUUCUUUUUGCGGAGAGCCAUGUAAAUUGUUGCGGUUGUAAAAUCCAUACCAGUGUAUUCCACCACUCCACGCAACAAACCAGUAUUUUA